UCGAUAAUGCGGUGUGUCGAGUGUGGAAUAAUCAAGACACAUAAUUAUUAUUCCGAAGGACUUGACUUGAGGAAAAAAAACGUGGAUAAUACUCACGUGUUUAUUAUGCUCAUUUUUAUCGAGUUCACUUGAAGCACGAAAUUGUCGGGAUAAUCACGAAGUAGUUGCUAUGAUACGGGACACUGCAACGUGCGCAAUCGUAGUACUCAUAUGCAGUGUGUCUUUGAAGCAGAAUGGACAUUGACGAAAUAACAUUCAAUCCGUUCUUUCUCGUGCUGAGGGACAAAUUUCGGAGGAAAUAUGAUCUUGCCGUAUCCAAGUGUUGGUCCAUCUGCGUUCCCUGCAGUGAUUUCCUCAAGGAUUUGAUAAUAACCGAAGAAUUUGUAGACGAUCACAUUCUGAAACCAGUCGCCAAGUUGCCAUACCAUUACGUAUCCACCGACAGUCAUGGCUCUCGAAUGUACAAGUUCGAGGACACGAGGAUUCGUCUUGUGCAGCGAAAUGGAGAGUCCGUCCAUCCGGAUUUGUACAGGGUGAAGAUUCUCAGUGUCGAGAGAGGGUACAACAGUGAUUUUCAGAUGUACAAUAUUCUUAUUGUCGAUAAUGUGAUGGAUCCCAAAUAUCUGAGUGCUCGUAAGCCUACUGGGGCCAAAAUCAAGCUCAAUCGAAGUGUAACAUCUUACAAAGAGGCCUUCGACUUUCUCCACGAGGUUGCCUCUCAGGGCCACCUCUCCCUGUUGGAUCUCAAGUCCGAUGUGGAGAAUCUGGACCUGAACGACUUCCAUUCAGCCGAGGAACUCCGCAACGUUCUCCAAGGGUGGAUAAGACGUCACUGGGCUCGCACAAUGAGACUUUUCACUCUGGACAUUCAGCGAGAUGCCCGCUUCCAGAAGCUACUCAGCACCUCCCUCGAGAUCUUCAUAAUGCAUUACCUGCAUGAUCGUGUCUAUACACUGCUGACAAAUGCUCUCGAUCAAGAUGAUCAGCGCAUAAAACGAAAGAUCGACCAAUUGGUCGAGGUUGGAGUGACGCCUGACCAGUUGGGUGUCAAGGAGGCUCUCGCGAUUUCUCUACCAUCAGCGAUCGUGGAAAUGGCGACGUUGGACGCUCGGCAGGGGCCCCUGGAGAAGCUCUCAUGCCUGAAAACGACACUAGACUUGAUCGUGGCUGAAAUUAAGGGUGCCUUGGCUGACGUGGAGACUAGAAUUGAGUCUCACCAGGAGAAUGACCUGAUUGGGGCCAGAAGAAUCAUCAAGGUUGUCCCUACAGAUGACCUCAUUCCUCUAUUGAUAUACGUAAUCGUUAAAUCACGCCCGAGAAGGUUGAUCACUGACCUACAUUACAUUCAGAAUUUCUUGUGGUCAGUUUCCCCUUACGAUGGCCUGUCCUAUGCGAUGGUCACCUUCAAAGCUGCCAUAUGUACAUUACAGGAUAUUAAUAUUUCGAGAUUACCCAGGAGAAGUAGCAAAGUCAGAAAUGAAUUACCUAUCAAUGAAGUUCUUGACGUCGUCACUAAGACCGACGUUGAUGUUACGCCAAUAGAUCGACAGGUGCGGGAAUUGGCUGUGAUGUUGGAGGAGUGUACGAAGAGUGAAAGUAAAGGAAAGCUCGCUGAUAAUAUUGGAUAGGCACUGAAUGGGCUGUGUUUCAUGGUUAAAAGGUCCCAGGUAAGGGACUGUUGUUCAUGUUGUUCGUGUAGUGAACACAACAUGAUCCUGACAUUCAUGAACUCAGUGAAUAUGAAUGUGGGGAAAAAAGUUUAAAGACGAUAACUUACUUGAUUUGGUCAACUCUUUAACUUCUUAUCUAUUGAUAAGACAUUCUUUUAAAAUAUUUUUAAAAAACGACAAUUUCUACAGCCAUUUUAACAAUCCAUGAAAUAGAAUUUUUUUCCUCACAUUCUAUCUACAAUUGAUUGUUCGAAAUUUAAUGGCUGGAAUGGAAUGUCAUGUACUCACGAGUGAAUGAUUCCACCAACUAAGAAAUUAUUGCUCAUAUCUACAGUACAAAUAUCGAAUAUUGUAUAUUUUUUUAGAAUUUUUUUUGAUGAUUCUGUGGUAAUGUAACAGAAUACAUGAAAUGAACAAAGCAAAGGUCUUGUACCAGAAAUAUUCACUCUUAUUAUGUACGUUUAUCUUCGUUUGAAGAAGAUAUUUGUCAUAUUUUAUCGAACGGGUUUACAAUUAUUUGUGGAGAGCGGUUAAUUAAUUGUAAAAUAUACAGUCUUUUGAAUAAAUGAUUUGUAAUAC